GGCACUUUACGCACAAACCUGUGUGUCCCUAGUGUUUCGGAAGUGUCUGGCAUUUUCCUUCCACUUUUUAAGACAUGCCGCGCGUCUAUGUCGGCAGAUUGAGUUAUCAUGUUCGGGAAAAGGAUAUCCAAAGGUUUUUCAGUGGCUAUGGGAAACUUUUGGAAAUUGACCUUAAAAACGGAUAUGGCUUUGUGGAGUUCGAGGACAACCGUGAUGCUGAUGACGCUGUGUACGAGCUGAAUGGGAAGGAGCUGUGUGGGGAGCGGGUGAUCGUGGAGCACGCCCGGGGCCCCCGGCGCGACCGCGAUGGAUAUGGUGGUGGGGGUUACUUUGGUGGUGGGCGCAGCAGCGGUUACAGCAGCAGCAGCAGCAGCAGGAGCCGCACUGGGAGAGACAAGUAUGGGCCUCCCGUCCGCACAGAGUACCGCCUCAUCGUAGAGAACCUGUCCAGUCGCUGCAGCUGGCAGGACCUGAAGGACUUCAUGCGUCAAGCUGGAGAGGUGACAUACGCGGACGCCCAUAAGGAGCGCACCAACGAGGGCGUGAUCGAGUUCCGCUCCCACUCGGACAUGAAGCGCGCCCUGGACAAGCUCGACGGCACUGACAUCAACGGCCGCAAGAUCCGGCUGGUGGAGGACCGGCCGCGCCGGCGACGCUCCGACUCCAGAAGCAGGUCCAGGUCUCGCAGCCGUAGACGCUCCCGGAGCAGAAGCCGCAGAAGCAAGAGCUCUCGUAGCAACUCCAGAUCACGCUCCAGGUCCAGAUCCCAGAGCAAGAGGCACUCCAAGUCCAAGAGAAAAUCCCGCUCCAAGUCUCCCGCCGCCAGCAAGUCCCGAUCCCAGACCGGGAAGUCUCGUUCCCGCUCCGACAAAUCCCGCUCGCGCUCCGACGCCCGCAAGUCCCGUUCCAAGUCCCGCUCCAAACCCAAGUCGGAGCAGCAGGAUUCCCACCAGGGUCGCUCCAAGGAGAAGUCGCUGGACAAGAAGUCUCGUAGCCACUCUGCAUCCCCCGUGGAGAACGGAGACGAGGAGAGAGCCAAAUCGGCCUCCCGCUCCCCCUCCCCACGAGACAGUCUCCACGACUCACCAGCCAAGCACUCUGGCUCACAGUCACCAUCAGGUUCUUGCUCCCACUCCCGCUCCAGGUCUGAGUCAGAUGAUUAAAAAAUCCAGUGCGCGCUCCAUAGGGCAGUAGGCUAUUCCAGGAGGGGUUAGUCACUUACGCCAGUGUGUUAAGGGUGCUUACAUAGUCGACGUUGCAUAAUUGCGAGCUAAGCAUGUGUAGAACAUGUUAACGUGCGAGACGCAGUGAAGAUGCAUAAUAACGCAAAGCGAGUAUCGAAAAUUCAGUGGACAUCAAGCAUAGUGAGGCGUAGCCUAGCGGCACGUGUAUGCAUCAGGAUGUGUCCACUACAUAUGUAAGCCACCUCACACUGAGCAAGUUGUAACUCUGCUAAUAGAAGACGCCUGUGACUUUGUUUUGAUUGAUGGAUAAACCUGCAAGUGUCUUCUAUUAGAAGUUUACCUUAGCAGCGUUGGUAACUAAACCACCUUUCUGGAAUAUGUCUCAGAAGGUAUUCAGGUAUUUGCUGGUUGUAUGCAGUACGCUUUUACCCCUCAUGGUAAAAGAUGCUGUAAAACUCUUCAUUGCCAUAUGCACAUAAUCAUGGUGUUUUGAUCAUUUUAUGAAAAUUAAAAAUUGCAGAUUGGUUUGAUUUUGGAUCAGGUAUUUGUUUACUUUGAAUGAAAGGCUUGUUUAGUGUUUAUGGGUCAAUACAUUGGAGCAGCGUGAGAUACUACUUGUUUGGCUGUUUAGUUUACAUGUUACCCUUUAAACUUUCUCCUUCCAGGCAAAGUUUUUCUUCUCACUUUGCCAAUUUGUUAUUGUAAUAUUUCAUCAGUGUUCCAUUGUAUGUCUUGUAUGUUCAGUUGGGGCCUCGGAGAACCAGUGAUAAAAUCUUCCCCUGUCACGUAAAGCGCAACGAAAGCAAGGUAGCUCUGUUUUCCUUGUUUUUUAGAGAUCACGUGUAUUUACUUUUUUGUUGAAGGAGAUCUCUAGCUAUAAUCUUAUGUCUAUGGUGACAGUAUUUUUUCUGAAUGUCAAUUGCUGUGUCCUUGAAACGGAAAUGUGAGAGGUUUUGCAGUGAAUGUUUUGUUCCUUUGGUUUGCGUUUUUGGUUUGCGUUUUUGGAAAUAUUUAAGCUGGAAUAAACAUUAUUUCACUGUGCA